ACUGGAGUCUUUAUUUGAUUUUGGGAGAAUUAUUGUAAAAUUUUGAAUUUCUAUGAGUAUUUAUAUAAUUUUUUCCUCUUAUUAAAAUAAAAAAAAAACAAUGUCAACUAAGCAAACCCGUGAUAAGCCUCCGUCUAUUAUUGGGUGCACAAUCGGUAAGCAAGCGCGCGGUUUGAGCAGUAGACCACACUCAUCAUCACCAAGGAAUACUCUGCAACAAUGGAGGCUAACGGAAACCCGGCCAAUCCCCAGCGGUAUGCAGUAGUAACCGGAGCAAACAGGGGAAUUGGAUUGGACAUUGCCCGACAGCUGGCAGCCUCGGGCAUUACGGUUGUGUUAACAGCCAGGAACAAGCAGAGGGGGAGUGAGGCUGUGGGAUUGCUGCACAAUGAAGGCUUGUCAAAUGUUGUCUUCCACCAGCUUGAUGUUAUGGACUUGCAAAGCAUAGAAGGCUUGGCAAACUUCCUAAAAACACAUUAUGGAAGGCUUGACAUUUUGGUAAACAACGCUGGAGCUCAAGGAGUUGUCGUUGAUGAAGAAGCCUUACGGGCUAUGAACAUAGCCCCUUCUGAUUGGCUUGCAGGGAAGGUUAUAAAUCUGAUUCAGGGCGUAGUUAAGACGACGUAUGAGAAAGCAAAAGAGUGCCUUGACACAAAUUACUAUGGUGUGAAGAAGGUAACUGAAGCACUCCUUCCCUUGCUGCAACUCUCUUCUGGAGGGGCAAGGAUAGUAAAUGUCUCUUCUCUAAGGAGUGAAUUAAGGCGUGUUCCCAACGAAGAGCGGAGAAAGGUGCUCGGGGACAUUGACAACUUGACAGAAGAGAAAAUCGACGAGAUCUUGCAGAGUUUCCUGUGUGAUCUCAAAGAAGGCAAGCUUGAAGCCAAUGGGUGGCAACUGAUGCUGCCUGCAUAUAGCAUCUCAAAGGUGACUCUCAAUGCCUUCACCAGACUCCUCGCGAAGAAGCACCCAAACAUGUGCAUCAACUGCGUGCACCCCGGGUACGUUGACACAGACUUUAACUGGCACACUGGGACCCUGACCCCUGAGGAGGGGGCCCGCGGUCCCACAAUGCUGGCUCUCCUGCCUUGCGGGGGACCCACUGGCCGAUAUUUUGACCAAACUGUGAUGGCUGAAUUUUAACAUCUUUUGAACUCUCAGUGAUUGUGUCAAACUUGUCAUGAAGUGUAUGUUUGUAUGCCAUUCCCCAAAUGUACUUUCAGUGUUGGAAUGAAAUCCAUGUUUGUAAUGUCAUUCUCGAGAUAUACUUUCACUUUUGGUCUGAUUUUUUAAGUACAUUACACAAAUGGU